UAUUUUUGAGAGAGAGAGAGAGAGAGAGAGAGAGGAUCAUGUUAUUGAUGGCCAAAAUCGUAGCAACCAAUUUAUGGGUCUCUCCAAUUUGUCACUGCCAAACAGAAGAUUAUAUCAGAUGUAACAAUGGAUUUGUUUCCUUUCAACAAUCGUCAAGAAUUUCUCUUGUAUCUUCCGAUUCUUAUAGGUCUUGUGCCGCCAUUAAGGCCUCUUGGUUGCUAAAUCAAACCAUAAGUCAACCAGUGACAGAUUGCAACACCCACAUUCUCAAGUUCUGCCAAGUGAGUAACCUGAAAAUGGCCAUGGACUUGCUUUGCAAGUCUCAAAAAUCUGAGCUUGAGUUGGCAACUUACUGUUCCGUCCUGCAGCUUUGUGCUGAUCUCAAGUCUCUGCAAAAUGGUAGGAAGGUUCACUCAAUUAUUGAAUCUAAUGGCCUUGAAAUUGAAUCUGUUUUGGGUUCAAAACUUGUCUUUAUGUAUCUGAGUUGUGGGGAUUUAGCAGAGGGGAGGAGAAUUUUCAACAAGAUUAGAAAUGAAAAGGUUUUUCUAUGGAACAUGAUAAUAAAUGAGUAUGCAAAGAUUGGUGAUUUUGAAGAAAGUAUACUUCUGUUUGAAUGGAUGCAGCAAUUGGGAGUUGAAGCAAAUUCAUAUACUUUUUCUUGUGUUUUGAAGUGUUUUGCAGCCAAAGGAAGCGUAGGGGAAGGUGAACAGGUUCAUGGAUAUUUGUUGAGAUUGGGAUUUGGUUCUUAUACUGCGGUUGUGAAUUCUCUAAUUGGAUUUUACUUCAAAUGUGGUAAAACUGAAAGCGCACGUAAGCUGUUUGAUGAAUUGACUGACCAAGAUGUAAUAACUUGGAAUUCCAUGAUAAGCGGGUAUGUGGCCAACGGCCUUGCUGAGAGCGGAGUUGAGGUUUUCAUAGAGAUGCUGAGUUUGGGAAUUGGCAUAGAUUUGGCUACAAUUGUCAAUGUCCUUGCAGCUUGUGCCAAUCUUGGUACCAUUUUGGUGGGUAGAGCCCUUCAUGCUUAUGCAAUAAAAGCCGGAUUCAGCGAGGAAGUCAAAAUUAACAACACUUUGCUGAACAUGUAUUCGAAAUGUGGUGACAUUGAUAGUGCAAAUCAAGUUUUUAAGAGCAUGCCUGAAAGAAGCAUUGUGUCAUGGACCUCGAUGAUUGCUGGAUAUGCUAGAGAUGGUCGAUCAGACAAGGCGAUGGCAUUGUUCCGUGAAAUCAAAACGGAAGGCAUUAAACCAGAUAUGUUUGCCGUCACAACCAUCCUUGAUGCUUGUGCUUGUAGUGGCUCGUUGGAGAGUGGUAAGGAAGUGCAUGAUUACAUCACGGAAAACGACAUGCUGUUAAAUAUAUCUGUCUCUAAUGCUCUGAUUCACAUGUAUGCUAAAUGUGGAAGCAUGGAAGAUGCUCACUCUAUUUUCACUCAGAUGCCUAUCAAGGACAUUAUCUCAUGGAAUACCAUGAUUGGAGGCUACUCAAAGAACUCCCUUCCUGACAAAGCACUCGAACUGUUUGUAUCCGUGCAACCGGAAAUCAAGCCCGAUAAUGUAACAAUGACCUCUAUCCUUCCAGCUUGUUCCAGCCUAGCUGCUUUAGAUAGAGGUAGGGAGAUUCACGGUCACAUUUUGAGAAAUGGGUUCUAUUCAGAUAAAUAUGUUGCUAAUGCGCUUGUGGACAUGUAUGUGAAAUGUGGUGCAUUAGUUCUUGCAAGGUCACUCUUUGAUAUGAUUCCUGUGAAGGACUUGGUCUCUUGGACAGUUAUGGUGGCCGGAUAUUGCAUGCAUGGUUUUGGAAGUGAAGCUAUGGCUACCUUCAACGAGAUGAGACGAACAUGUGUUGUUAACCCCAAUGAAGUCUCUUUUGUUUCUAUUCUCUAUGCUUGCAGCCAUUCAGGACUGCUUGACGAAGGCUGGAGAUUCUUCAAUAUUAUGAGAAAUGAAUGUAAUAUAGAGCCCAAGUUGGAACACUAUUCUUGUAUGGUAGAUCUUCUAGCGUGCACAGGGAAAUUAUCAAAAGCAUAUAGGUUCAUUGAGACAAUGCCCAUUGAGCCAGAUGCUACAAUCUGGGGUGCUUUGCUUCGCGGGUGCAGAAUCCACCAUGAUGUAAAACUAGCAGAGAAAGUUGCAGAACGAGUCUUUGAAUUAGAGCCAAUUAAAACAGGGAAUUAUGUACUUCUAGCAAAUAUAUAUGCAGAGGCAGAGACGUGGGAAAAAGUGAAAAGUCUGAAGGAGAAAAUCAGCCAGCGUGGAGUGAGGAAGAACCAAGGGUGUAGCUGGAUAGAGAUCAGAGGAAAAGUUCAUAUCUUUGUUGCUGGGUAUAAUUCACACCCUGAGGCCAAAAAGAUAGAGUCAUUGUUAAAGAAGAUAAGAAUGAAGAUGAAGAAAGAAUGCUGUAUACCAAAACUGAGGUAUGCUUUGAUGAAUGCAGAUAACAUAGAGAAGGAAGUAGCUCAUUGUGGCCAUACUGAAAAGUUGGCCAUGGCCUUUGGGAUGUUGAGCUUGCCUCCAGAUCGAGCCAUACGUCUCACGAAAAAUGUUAGAGUAUGUGGUGAUUGUCAUGAGAUGGCCAAAUUCAUGUCCAAGAGCUUCGGUAGGGAGAUUGUCUUGAGAGAUUCCAAUCGCUUCCACCAUUUCAAGGAGGGGUCAUGUUCUUGCAGAGGAUAGUAAGUGGGAGUAGGAGAUCAAAGGUAGAGGAGGAUUCCCUGACACAGUUUCUAUCUUGGAGCUGCACUGUGGAAUAAUGUUGUUGAAGUAUUUCAGGUAAUUGUAUCAUACAAGGUUCUAAGGUUGCAAUCCACAUUUUCUGGUGCUUGCAAUUUACAUUAGCAGCCGGGAAACAUCUUAAUUUCCAAUGAAAAUGCAAGUCAAUUCCCUGGUCAACACGACACUCGAACUUAAGACCUCUGAUGCCCGUUUAGAAAAUAUUUGAUGAUUGCCGUGGAACCUGUGAUGACGGGAAGAGAAAAUAUUGCCAAAUGAUGUGGGGAGGAAAAAAGUAUACAACAUCCAGCUAGCCUCAACUGUUUGUUGGAGUAAUGAAGCACAUUAAUUCGAUAUUUGAUGAAGAAGUAAAGCAUUUGGAGAUGAGCACCAAGAAGAUAAUGAGAAAGACUACUGACGAGAGCCCAAUUGCCACUCCAAGAACAACCUUAUUUGGCCCGUGAGACUCUUUCUUGUGCUUACUACUAUCAUCUUCCAAAUUGUAAUCAUCA